CCGCGGUGUGCGCAGGUCUUCGGGGCAGUGGGUGGGCGUUCCUCGUCGUUCUCUCCCUAACUGUUGACGCUGAGGACAUUUUCGAUCCCCCGGACUCGAUCCGUGUUCCAGAUGUUUCUUCCCACGCUCGUGGAGGACAUGCAUCAUUUUAAACCAAGUCGAGAUAGACUGUACACCACCCGGUGUUGCGGAUGCUGCCAUGUCCGAACGGGGACCAUCAUCCUGGGAACGUGGUACAUGGUGGUUAACUUGCUGAUGGGUAUCCUGCUGACUGUCGCUGUGACCCACCCCGAGAACGUGCCCACCAUUGACCUUCAGUAUGAGGUCAUUGACCACUACUUUGCCUCUGACAGGAUGUCCGAAAAUGCCUGUGUUGGCUUCGCCAUUUCUCUGCUGAUGCUCACCAUCAGUGCCAUGAUGGUGUAUGGAGCUAUCACUCACCGCGAUGGCUGGCUCAUCCCGUUCUUCUGCUACCAGCUGUUUGACUUUGCUCUGAGCUGCCUGGUGGCCAUCAGCUCUCUUACCUACCUGCCCCGGAUCAGGGACUACCUGGACCAGCUGCCGGAUUUCCCCUACAAAGACAACCUGCUGUCCAUGAACUCCAGCUGCCUGCUGCUGUUCGUGCUGGUGUUCUUUGCUUUCCUCAUUAUCCUCAAGGCUUAUUUGAUCAACUGUGUGUGGAACUGCUACAAGUACAUCAACAACAGGAACAUGCCCGAGAUCGCCGUUUACCCGGCCUUCGAGACUCCUCCUCAGUACAUCCUCCCCACCUACGAGAUGGCGAUGAAGAUGCCGGAGAAGGACCCACCUCCUCCCUACAUGCCCGCCUAAGACGCCGCCCCCGCUCCCGAACCCACAUGGACACACAGCCAUCAUAUGCAUUCCUAGAUUCCUUCACGAUCCCGUUCUGAACACCGUUCCGCUCUCAUCCCACCUCCGGCCCGCCGUGUCCGUGUGAAGCCUUCGAAAACGUUUCCGCUGUUGUUUUUCUUUUUCUUAAAGUCAGUUUUGAAGAAUCCUGGAGAUGUGAGGAUUGAGAAAUGUGCGAUUUAAAAACGAGUGAAUGCUGCGGUCUGAAAAGUGAAAGAGGGACCCCCCUAACCCCCUCCCCUCAUAUGCUCCAGCCUUUUUUAAGUCUUAGUAAAAAGGGAUAUGUGAAAAUGAAAUAGUUUGAAAUGCUUUCAUCAAUCCAGCACCAUCUAUCAAUAGAUUCAAGUGUUAAAAACUUUUGACAAUCCAUUUGUUAGAUCUUCUAGUUGUUAAUAUUUUCCCUAAAAAAAAAUAAGAGCUUUGCUGUUCCACUUGAGAAUUGAGUUUGUUGCACUUUUUGUUGGUUAUUUAUUUGAUUUGUUGUGGUUUGAUUCUUUGCCAGCCCCUCUGCUGCUCCGUCGUUCGAGCAGACGUAGCGAUUGGUUUUCCCGAGAGAGCAGAGGGCGCCGCCCGUGGAGCGCCGCCUCUCUUGUUUUUCCUACUUUAACCUGUAAAACUAACAGCCGCUUUGUUCGCAUUACUUGUUGCAUGCUUAUUGUCUCGGCUGGCUCGGCAUUAUGCGUCACAGUCACGAAGGCUUUAGUUGAAGGGUUUUUUUUUUCUUUUUUUAAAAAAUCCCAGAAUCUGGAGAACCGCUGCUGGAAUUAAGAGUGAGAACUCGAUGAAGGAGAAGCAGAUGAACGCUCAGCCCAGAUUCUGGGGGGUUUAGAUGCUGAUAGAGUUCCAGCAGAAAGAGUCAGCCAGCUGCAUGCAAACAUUACAACCACCCCUUUGCUCUCAUGACUUUACUGAUAAUAUUACUUUGUCCCAGUGGAAUUAAAUUUGACUUCAAUAAAUGUCUCUGAUCAAC